AUGCCAUCCGCACUCAUCCUCAUCGCAGAGGGAACCGAGGAAUCCGAGUUCACCAUCGUGUACGACCUUCUCGUACGUGCCUCUGUCUCUACCACUUCUGCCCUCGUCAAUUCUUCCUCCUCCAGCUGCAACUAUGUUACGUGUUCACGAGGGGUUCGCAUCGUCCCCGAUCUGACGCUCACGGACCUCACCGGGGGCAAAUCGUUCGACUACGACUGCAUCGUCAUCCCUGGUGGUGCCGGUGGAGCCAAAGCGAUUGCGGAAAAGGAAUCCGUCACCGAUCUCAUCGCCGCCAUGUACGGAAAAGGAAAGAUCGUCGCUGCCAUCUGCGCCGGUACGCUGGCUAUCAAAGCCGCUGGUGUCGGAAAAGAUGCUGCUGUCACAAGCCAUCCCAGCGUCAAGGCGGAGCUGGAUAAGGAGUACACGUACAAGGAGGAAAGAGUCGUUGUCAGCGAUAAGUUGGUCACCAGCAGAGCGCCCGGUACCGCGUUCGAGUUCGCGUUGACCUUGGUCGAGAUGCUGGUGGGCAAGGACAAGAGGAAGGAGGUGGAGGGCGGGUUGUUGCUGCCCACCGGAUCGAUGGGCGUCGAGGAGAGCUCCCCGGAUCAGGUCAACUAA